CUGUACGAACUGGACAGUGACCCAAAUCGGAAGGAGUUCCUUGAUGAACUGUUUGUGUAUAUGCAGAAACGAGGUAAAGCUUCUUUCUUCACCGAGCAUUGUUCUGUAAAGCCAGUUCUGCUUUAGUGGAAAACAUUGUACUGGGAUUCCUCACUUUAGAUUUGUACAUUUGAAACUCCAUAAAAUGUAAUGUGAUCCAUUUCCUCUUUCAGUUCUGUUCUGGACAGAGUUUUUCAGUAAGGAUCUUAACCUUAAGUCCUAGGAGUCAUGUCUGGGGGGUUUGAGUCCCCUCCUAAGCAAAUAACCCUUUUACCAACAGUUUCCUGAAAUAACUCCAGCCACAUUUUUUGACUGAAUUCAUAAGAAAAUAAUCAACAUCGCACAUAUACACAAUUUAACCAUCUAUUCAUGGUUUUAUGAAUGCAAUAUAAAAAAAAGACUUGCAGUAAUUAAACUGUGGUUAGACAGUUUUAAAAUCCUCCAAUUCAAAUAUAUGUCAGCUGUAAUCAAAGCUAUGGUCAUUCUUUCCAGCUUACAAUAAUUUACCAACUAGCCUGGCAUUUAGCAGACGCUCUUAUCCAGAGUGACUUACAGGAGCAAUUAGGGUUUAAGUGCCUUGCUCAAGGGCACAUCGGCAGAUUUUUCCACCUAGUCGGCUCAGGGAUUAGAACCAGCGACCUUUCGGUUACUGCCACAACGCUCUUAACCACUAAGCUACCUGCUCUCUUAACCACUAAGCUACCUGCUCUCUUAACCACUAAGCUACCUGCUCUCUUAACCACUAAGCUACCUGCUCUCUUAACCACUAAGCUGCCUGCUCUCUUAACCACUAAGCUACCUGCUCUCUUAACCACUAAGCUACCUGCUCUCUUAACCACUAAGCUACCUGCUCUCUUAACCACUAAGCUACCUGCUCUCUUAACCACCAAGCUACCUGCUCUCUUAACCACUAAGCUACCUGCUCUCUUAACCACUAAGCUACCUGCUCUCUUAACCACUAAGCUACCUGCUCUCUUAACCACUAAGCUACCUGCUCUCUUAACCACUAAGCUACCUGCUCUCUUAACCACCAAGCUACCUGCUCUCUUAACCACUAAGCUACCUGCUCUCUUAACCACUAAGCUACCUGCUCUCUUAACCACUAAGCUACCUGCUCUCUUAACCACUAAGCUACCUGCUCUCUUAACCACUAAGCUACCUGCUCUCUUAACCACUAAGCUACCUGCUCUCUUAACCACUAAGCUACCUGCUCUCUUAACCACUAAGCUACCUGCUCUCUUAACCACUAAGCUACCUGCUCUCUUAACCACCAAGCUACCUGCUCUCUUAACCACUAAGCUACCUGCUCUCUUAACCACUAAGCUACCUGCUCUCUUAACCACUAAGCUACCUGCUCUCUUAACCACUAAGCUACCUGCUCUCUUAACCACUAAGCUACCUGCUCUCUUAACCACUAAGCUACCUGUCGCCCAAAUGUGCCCACUCUGGUAUUGGCACGUGAUCUCUAGCCAACAGCUCACCGAUACAGUGUAGGCUACCUACAGUGCCUUCACACCUUCAUAUUUUCAAGCAUUGUGGUGGCUGCAUCAUGUUAUGGGUAUGCUUGUCAUAAGCAACAACCAAUUUGACAGAGCCUGAAUAAUUCAGACAAUAAUAAUAAUAAUAAUAAUAAUGUGCAAACAUAGUACAAACCAUGUGUGCAAAGCUCUUAGAGACUUACCCAGAAAGACUCACAGCUGUAAUCGCCGCCAAAGGUGAUUCUAACCUUAUUGACCCAGGGGUGUGAAAUACUUUAAGUAAUGUGAUUUCACAACCGCCGAGGGCUUUUGGAGUUGCCUAUAUAUGCGACCGAGCAAAAUAAUAGGCCUACACUUGAUUUAGGCUACAUUAUAGCAUGCUAAAUGUUUCUGAUCAGUGAUAGAUGAGGUCAUGUAGUAUAUGUGGACACCUGCUCGUCGAACAUCUCAUUCCAAAGUCAUGGGCGUUAAUAUGGAGUUGGUCCCCCCCUUUGCUGCUAUAACAGCCUCCACUCUUUUGGGAAGGCUUUCCACUAGAUGUUGGAACAUUGCUACGGGGGUUUGCUUCCAUUCAGCCACAAGAACAUUAUGUUGUACGAUUAGGCCUGGCUCGCAGUCAGCGUUCCAAUUCAUCCCAAAGGUGUUCGAUGGGGUUGAAGUCAGGGCUCUGUGCAGGCCAGUCUUCCACACCGAUCUCGACAAACCAUUUCUGUAUGGACCUCGCUUUGUGCACGGGAGAAUUGUCAUGCUGAAACAGGAAAGGGCCUUCCCCAAACUGUUUCCACAAAGUUGGGAGCACAGAAUGGUCUAGAAUGUAAUUGUAUGCUGUAGUGUUAAGAUGUCCCUUCACUGGAACUAAGGGGCCUAGCCUGAACCAUGAAAAACAGCCCCAGACCAUUAUUCCUCCUCCACCAAACUUUACAGUUGGCACUAUGCAUUCGGGCAGGUAGCGUUCUCCUGGCAUCCGCCAAACCCAGAUUCGUCCGUCGGACUGCCAGAUGGUGAAGCGUGAUUCAUCACUCCAGAGAACGCAUUUCCACUGCUCCAGAGUCCAAUGGCGGCGAGCUUUACACAUCACUCCAGCCGACGCUUGGCGUUGCGCAUGGUGAUCUCAGGCUUGUGUGCUGAGCCGUUGUUGCUCCUAGAUGUUUCCACUUCACAAUAACAGCACUUAAAGUUGACCGGGGCAGUUCUAGCAGGGCAGGAAUUUUGACAAACUGACUUGUUGGAAAGGUGGCAUCCUAUGACGGUGCUGCGUUAAGUCACUGAGCUCUUCAGUAAGGCCAUUCUACUGCCAAUGUUUGUCUAUGGAGAUCGCAUGGCUGUGUGCUACAUUUGAUGUGGCUGAAAUAGCCGAAUCCACUAAUUUGAAGGUGUCCACAUACUUUUGUAUAUACCUUGAAAUAAUGGUAGGGGUGUGGAUCAGAACCAGUCAGUAUGUGGCGGUCCUUACAUUUUGUCAGCCGGUUAUUGUCAUACAAAAAACUGCCGGUUUCACAGUAAUUGACCGUUAAUUAACAUAAACACUUUAUCUCCAGGCCUCCACGCAUACAAACCGCUGAUCCGCGCUUUUUGGAACAUCUACAUUAAAAAAAAAAAAAAGUUGAAUAAAUCAAUUUAAUAUACACCAUCACAAUAAAUCCAUUAUUUAUUUUAGGGAGGUCUAAAACAUUAUAUGAAGAACAUUUAUUUCAGAAGAACAGAAUGAGCCCUACUAUAUGGGCGGCAGGUAGCUUAGUGGGUAAGAGCGUUGUGCCAGUAACCGAAAGGUCGCUGGUUCUAAUCCCCGAGCCGACUAGGUGAAAAAUCUGUCUGUGCCCUUAAGCAAGGCACUUAACCCUAAUUGCUGAUGUAAGUCGCUCUGGAUAAGAGCGUCUGCUAAAUGACUAAAAUGUAAAUGUAAUUGUAGCCAAACCAAUAUCCAAACAGAGAUUCAGUGGAGAAAAAAAAUGGACAUUGAUUGUUUCAAAGCAGCGCGAAGCGUUGCUGAAUUAGUUUACCACAUGCGGGUAGGUGCUUCAAAUGUAUUAUAACAAUUGGAUGACUUUAGGAGUUUUGAUGCCUUCGAUAGGAUUAGCAGACUUUAUUCCAAUACAUUCAGUGGUCUUUUAGUCUUCAACACUGGGUUAAAUAGGUGUUAUGAACCUGACGUAUUACUGGAGCUAGAUAAAACAGACUUUACUGUACAACCUACCGCGUUUUGGAAACAAUGAACUGUCAGAAUGGUAUUUAUGUUCAGCGUUAGGAAGUCUGACCUCAUUUUAAAUCAAAUCCUGCUGCCUAAAUCUUGGCCCCAUAGGCAUUGAGUGACUCCUUCCAUCUUGGAUCUGUAGACGCAUGUAGAGCAAAUGAAACUGGGCAUCUCCAGGUCAACCGUAUCCCCAUCAUGAUAUCUGCCACCAUCUUGGAUCCCUAAUAAAUACAAAUACCCUUGUUUUUUUUGUUUGUUUUUUUAAACAAAAUUGAUAUAAUUGAUAAGAUCACAGACUCAGUCAUACACACAGAUCCUGCAUCUCUACCCUUGUAAAGUACAAUCAAACUUAGUCACAAUAUGCAAACUUAAAAAUAGAUAUAUGACUGGAGACAUGCAAAAUGAAACAGCAUUUAUUCAUCCGUUUCAUUUGGAACGGUCUGUUUUUGAAAGCAUAUUAAGGAACAAUUCUCAUCUCCAUUGUGAGGCAUAUUUACAGUUAUCCAAUCAGCUCAGCCCAAAUCUGACUGAUUUUAGUUAUUACCUGUAUCCAAGUGCAUUGCUGGAUAAUUCUCUCUGCAAAACCAUCACCAUGAAAAAGCAUAAUCCUUGCCUACCCCAGUCACGGUUAUUCAAGUCUUUUUAAUGUGAACAAUCGGUCUGGUCACCUCUCUUGGCAAGGGCAUCAAAGUCUGGUGUCAUCUUUGAUGUAGAGAUUCUCAGAACAGCUGACAAGUGGUCAUUUGUUCAAUUUGACCUGUGACGGGAUUUGUUGUAAUUCAUAACUGAGAACGUCUGUUCUCACAUAUGUGGACCCGAAUAAAACAAGCAGCCUUUGUGGGUGCUUUUUAAUGUUUGGAAACGUUUGUUUCAUUCAGUGAGCCGUAGAACUGGUCUAUUGUUGCUGUUUUGUACUUCUCCUUCAAAGCACUGUAACGUUGGAUGUUGAUGAGCUCCAACUGUGUGUCUUGGUGGUGCUUUCUCACUGUCGAAAGACAGAGGGCAUCAUACAAGCUCUAGCUCAGUCUCAAUCUUGGGUGAAGUCUGAGAAGCGGCGGGUAAACUCAGCAUGCAGGUCGAUCAAAGUGCUACUGUACGUCUCAGUGCGGCGUUCAGUGCGGCUCUGCGAUGUGGACGCGUUCAGUGCGAGAGAGACCGGCUGCUCAUUUGUCUGGAGAACAACAUAAAGUUUGGCCUUGAAUGCUUUCACGUUGGAAUACAGUUCAUGCACAAAAACACAAUUUCCCUGCAGUUUCACAUUUAGAUCGUUCAGAUGCCCCAAUAUGUCCACACCGAAAGCAAAGUCGCCCAGACAGUCUGUGUCUUUCAACUCUGAGAAGUCGUCAGCUUUACCAACCAUAUCAAGGAACAUACCUAUCUCCCCUUUCAGUUCCCACACGGAGAAAUACCUUUCCCAGGCGUAGCCAUCGCACAUUUGAAUGGUACAACAAGUCCUGGUGCUCUGCCUCUGUGUCAUUGACAAGCUGAAUGAAUUGACGAUGGUUAAGCCCCCUUGCCCGUAUGAAGUUGACAAGUUUUACAACCACUUUGACAACAUUUUCCAGUUUUAGCAUGCUUGCUUGAAAAAUGACGAUUGAGAUUAUAUUCCUUAAAAACGGCAACGCUUUCUUGGCAUGUCAGACAUAUACCGCCUUUUGUCCAAUAUUUGUUAAACAUUUAUUUUUCUGUCCAUUCUUUCUUUAAACACACGACAUUGAGUCCACUUUUCUCAUUUUCGCAGCACUCAUUUUUCACGUCAAAAGUCGUCAAGCAAUGAAGUGGCUAUGAUGACUGAGCGCAUUCUGAAUCUGACUGUAGGCCCAAAUACAGACCAGGCUACUGGGCCAUCUAUUGGAGGUUGCUUGUAUAUCACGGAAUUAGUAAUUUUAGGGCAAAAAAUCGUAACUCCUAUUUAAUACAUCUAGUUUCAACUCUUCUACCUGUUUUUACCCUUCUCUCCAGGCACCCCGGUCAACCGCAUACCCAUCAUGGCUAAGCAGGUGCUGGACCUGUACAUGCUCUACAAACUGGUGACUGAGAAGGGUGGGCUGGUGGAGGUCAUUAACAAGAAGAACUGGAGAGAGAUCACUAGAGGACUCAACCUGCCCACCUCCAUCACCUCCGCAGCCUUCACCCUCCGCACCCAGUGAGUCUACUACACUUGGGCAUUAGGCAUCAAACGGAAGGAAAUGCUCUGAAAAUUUAGUUAAACGGGGAGGUAAUCAGUAAAUGGUCUUUGUGUUCAAAAGGAUUGGCCUGAGCAAGAUUUAGCUAAUUUGCGGCGUAGGUGUGCUCAUCUUCAAUUAAAUGAGAAGUGUGAAAAGCUAAUUUAGAGGUCCGUGAAGCUGCUCAGGACCUAGCUAGGCCAAUCACCUCAUGAUGGGGAAAGUACUUCUAAAUACAAAAAAAAUACAAAAAUCCAACCACUGCCUCAUCCUAUGUCCACCCAGGUAUAUGAAGUACCUGUACCCAUACGAGUGUGAGAAGAAGGGGCUGAGCUCUCCAGGCAAGCUCCAGGCUGCUAUAGACGGUAACCGGAGGGAAGGCCGAAGACCCAGCUACAGCAACAACCUGUACCACUUCUCCCCCUCCACCGCCCCUGGCCACCCACACCACUCCCUCCUCUCUCCCCCCAAGAUGCCUCUCUACUCCUCAGCCGGUCACAACGACCUGCACACCUCCCCCAGCCCAUCUCUGAAGAGAUCCGCAGGUGCUCUUGCGUUUUUUAUUUUUUUACACAUAAAUGUUUUUGUUAUGUAGUUAGGAAAUCAUCUGUUGUUUCACCUAACUGUGACCGCUGCUGUCACCAACAUGUGACGACCUUGUGAUGGGCUACGUAGUUUUGACACCACAUUUAUAAAAAGUAAACGUGCUAUUAUGGCGCCCUCUACUGUCAGAUUAAUUCAGACCUGAUCACUCGCCAUCCAAAUAACAUGCACCUGAUAAGUGAACAAAUGACUGACCGUGUUUUUAAAAAAAUCUAAUCUAAUGGCCUUGUUUUGAAAACAUUGAUACAUGUUGAAUAUUUGAAGAGUGACACACUAAUCUGUAAAAAAAUAAAAAUAUUCCCCCUCUGUUCUCCUCUUCCACUCUGUUCCCUCUCAGAGGAGAUGUCGACCCCCAUGCCGCCAAGCCGCCUACCCAUGACCCAUGCUCUCUCCCUGGGGCAACAGCUAGCCCAGGUCGCCAACCUGGAGCACCUCCGAGAGAAACUGGAGAGAGGAGGAGGAGGAGGAGGAGGAGAGGGCCCAGACAGGAAGAUGGCCCGCUUGACCAUGGAGGAACAGCAGAGACUGAUGCAACAGGCCUUCCAACAGAACCUGCUGGCUAUGGCCUCUCACUUCAACCCCGGCAUGAAGCAGCUCAAACUCAUCAACAACAACGGACACGGUCAGUACUGGGCUGGGUGUUUUUGGCUACCAAUUAUUGUCAUAUUGUACCACUUACAUAGUCAGAUCUAACCUGAUCUCAGAUCUGUUUGUGCUCUUUCCAACUCCAUUGCAUUCAUUGUCAAGCCAAACACGUUUACCCACAUCAGUUAAUUCUAAACAUGAACUCUGACUGUGUCAUUCCUCUUUGUCCCACCUCAGAGAGUACCGGUAAGCAGGACCUGUCUCUCAGUAUCUCCAGUAACGGGGCUGCCAGCAUCAGUGUGUCUGUGGAGGUCAAUGGAACUCAAUACUCAGGUUAGUAAAUGAUGCUGCAAUAUUCUUUUUUUAUUCUUGAGCCAUUUUAGACCGGUCCAGAAACGAUUCCUAGCACUUUACUCCUAGCCCAUUACUCCACUACCGACUUACCAAAUGUGUUCUUGUCUCCCCCUGUAGGAAUGCUGUUUGCCCAGAACACUCCUGGUGCACCCUCUGUGACGUCUGAGACCAUGCCUCCUACUGGACAGAGUGGUUGUGGUGUCCUUUCCUCCUCUCAAAGCCCUUCCUCCACGUCCUCCUCUUCCUCCAAGGGGCCCAACUGA